CGGGCGGCGGCGGCGCGCGGGCGGCGGGGCGCGGCGAUGGCCGGCGGCGGGGCGCGCCCCGGGGCAGCCCGGCGGAGGCUCCCGGCCCCGUGAGACGCGGCCCCGCGGGAAGGACCUGAGCCCCUGCACCCCGAGGCCGGGCCCGACAUGCAGCUGCCACGUCUGAGCCCCCGGGCGCUGCCCCCGCCGCCCCCGCUGCUGCUGCUGCUGCUGCUGGCGGGGGGCACCCGGGCAGCUGCGCCCCGGGCGGGCAUGGGCCCGCGGCCUGCCUUCCGCACCUUCACGGCCACGGACUGGGGCCUCACGCACCUGGUGGUGCACGAGCAGACGGGCGAGGUGUACGUGGGCGCCGUGAACCGCAUCUACAAGCUGUCGGGGAACCUGACGCUGCUGCGCGCCCACGUGACGGGGCCCGUGGAGGACAACGAGAAGUGCUACCCGCCGCCCAGCGUGCAGUCGUGCCCGCACGGGCUGGGCAGCACCGACAACGUCAACAAGCUGCUGCUGCUGGACUAUGCUGCCAACCGCCUGCUGGCCUGCGGCAGCGCCUCACAGGGCAUCUGCCAGUUCCUGCGGCUGGACGACCUCUUCAAGCUGGGCGAGCCCCACCACCGCAAGGAGCACUACCUGUCCAGCGUGCGAGAGGCGGGCAGCAUGGCGGGCGUGCUGAUCGCCGGGCCGCCGGGCCAGGGCCAGGCCAAGCUCUUCGUGGGCACGCCCAUCGACGGCAAGUCCGAGUACUUCCCCACGCUGUCCAGCCGCCGGCUCAUGGCCAACGAGGAGGACGCCGACAUGUUCGGCUUCGUGUACCAGGACGAGUUCGUGUCCUCGCAGCUGAAGAUCCCGUCGGACACGCUGUCCAAGUUCCCCGCCUUCGACAUCUACUACGUGUACAGCUUCCGCAGCGAGCAGUUCGUCUACUACCUCACGCUGCAGCUGGACACGCAGCUGACCUCGCCCGACGCGGCCGGCGAGCACUUCUUCACCUCCAAGAUCGUGCGGCUCUGCGUGGACGACCCCAAGUUCUACUCGUACGUGGAGUUCCCCAUCGGCUGCGAGCAGGCGGGCGUGGAGUACCGCCUGGUGCAGGACGCCUACCUGAGCCGGCCAGGCCGCACCCUGGCCCGCCAGCUGGGCCUGGCGGAGGACGAGGACGUGCUGUUCACCGUGUUCGCGCAGGGCCAGAAGAAUCGCGUGAAGCCGCCCCGCGAGUCCGUGCUGUGCCUCUUCACGCUCCGCGCCAUCAAGGAGAAGAUCAAGGAGCGCAUCCAGUCCUGCUACCGCGGCGAGGGCAAGCUCUCCCUGCCCUGGCUGCUCAACAAGGAGCUGGGCUGCAUCAACUCGCCCCUGCAGAUCGAUGACGACUUCUGCGGGCAGGACUUCAACCAGCCGCUGGGCGGCACGGUGCCCAUCGAGGGCACGCCGCUGUUCGUGGACCGGGAGGACGGGCUGAGCGCCGUGGCCGCCUACGCCUACCGCGGCCGCACCGUGGUCUUUGCCGGCACGCGCAGCGGCCGCAUCCGCAAGAUCCUGGUGGACCUGGCGAGCCCGGGCGGCCGGCCGGCCCUGGCCUACGAGAGCGUGGUGGCCCAGGAGGGCAGCCCCAUCCUGCGCGACCUGGUGCUGAGCCCCGACCGCCAGUACCUCUACGCCAUGACGGAGAAGCAGGUGACCCGGGUGCCCGUGGAGAGCUGUGUGCAGUACACGUCCUGCGAGCGCUGUCUGGGCUCACGGGACCCCCACUGCGGCUGGUGUGUCCUGCACAGCAUCUGCUCCCGGCAGGACGCGUGUGAGCGGGCGGACGAGCCCCAGCGCUUUGCCUCGGACCUGCUGCAGUGCGUGCAGCUGAGCGUGCAGCCCCGCAACGUCUCGGUCACCAUGUCCCAGGUCCCGCUGGUGCUGCAGGCCUGGAACGUGCCCGACCUCUCGGCCGGCGUCAACUGCUCCUUCGAGGACUUCACGGAGUCGGAGGGCGUGCUGGAGGGCGGGCAGGUCCACUGCCGCUCGCCCGCCGCCCGCGACGUGGCGCCCAUCACGCGGGGCCAGGGUGCCCAGCGCGCGGUGAAGCUCUACCUGAAGUCCAAGGAGACGGGCAAGAAGUUCGCGUCUGUGGACUUUGUAUUCUACAACUGCAGCGUCCACCAGGCCUGCCUGUCCUGUGUCAACGGCUCCUUCCCCUGCCACUGGUGCAAGUACCGUCACGUGUGCACACACAACGCCGCCGACUGUGCCUUCCUGGAGGGCCGUGUUAACGUGUCUGAGGACUGCCCGCAGAUCCUGCCCUCCACGCAGAUCUACGUGCCCGUGGGCGUGGUGAAGCCCAUCACGCUGGCCGCCCGGAACCUGCCCCAGCCGCAGUCGGGCCAGCGCGGCUACGAGUGUCUGUUCCACAUCCCGGGCGGCCCGGCCCGCGUGCCCGCCCUGCGCUUCAACAGCUCCAGUCUGCAGUGCCAGAACUCCUCGUACUCCUAUGAGGGAAACGACAUCAGCGACCUGCCCGUGAAUCUCUCGGUGGUGUGGAACGGGAACUUCGUCAUCGACAACCCGCAGAACAUCCAAGCCCACCUCUACAAGUGCCCGGCCCUGCGGGAGAGCUGCGGGCUGUGCCUCAAGGCGGACCCGCGCUUCGAGUGUGGCUGGUGCGUGGCCGAGCGCCGCUGCUCCCUGCGGCCCCACUGCCCCAUGGACCCACCCACCACCUGGAUGCACGCGCGCCACGGCAGCAGCCGCUGCACGGACCCCAAGAUCCUCAAGCUGUCCCCCGAGACGGGCCCGAGGCAGGGAGGCACCCGGCUCACCAUCACGGGCGAGAACCUGGGCCUGCGCUUCGAGGACGUGCGGCUGGGUGUGCGCGUGGGCAAGGUGCUGUGCAGCCCGCUGGAGAGCGAGUACAUCAGCGCCGAGCAGAUCGUCUGCGAGAUCGGGGACGCCAGCACGGUGCGGGCUCACGACGCCCUGGUGGAGGUGUGCGUGCGGGACUGCUCCCCGCACUACCGCGCGCUGUCGCCCAAGCGCUUCACCUUUGUGACGCCAACCUUCUACCGCGUGAGCCCCGCUCGGGGACCUCUGUCAGGGGGCACCUGGAUUGGCAUCGAGGGCAGCCACCUGAACGCCGGCAGCGACGUGGCCGUGUCGGUCGGCGGCCGGCCCUGCUCCUUCUCCUGGAGGAACUCCCGGGAGAUCCGCUGCCUGACGCCCCCGGGCCAGAGCCCUGGCAGUGCCUCCAUCGUCAUCAGCAUCAACCGGGCGCAGCUCACCAACCCCGAGGUCAAGUACAACUACACCGAGGACCCCACCAUCCUCAAGAUCGACCCCGAGUGGAGCAUCAACAGCGGAGGGACCCUCCUGACGGUCACAGGCACCAACCUGGCCACCGUGCGUGAACCCCGCAUCCGGGCCAAGUACGGCGGCAUCGAGAGGGAGAACAGCUGCCUGGUGUACAAUGACACCACCAUGGUCUGCCGUGCCCCGUCCGUGGACAACCCCGAGCGCAGCCCGCCUGAGCUGGGCGAGCGGCCCGACGAGCUGGGCUUCGUCAUGGACGACGUGCGCGCCCUGCUGGCGCUCAACGGCUCCUCCUUCGUCUACUACCCCGACCCCGUGCUCGAGCCGCUCAGCCCCACCGGCCUCCUGGAGCUCAAGCCCAGCUCCCCGCUCAUCCUCAAGGGCCGGAACCUCCUGCCUCCUGCACCCGGCAACUCGAGGCUCAACUACACGGUGCUCAUCGGCUCAACGCCCUGCGCGCUCACCGUGUCUGAGACGCAGCUGCUCUGCGAGUCGCCCAACCUCACAGGACAGCACAAGGUCACGGUGCGGGCCGGCGGCUUCGAGUUCUCGCCGGGGACCCUGCAGGUGUACUCGGACAGCCUGCUGACGCUGCCCGCCAUCGUGGGCAUCGGCGGCGGCGGCGGCCUGCUGCUGCUGGUCAUCGUGGCCGUGCUCAUCGCCUACAAGCGCAAGUCCCGAGACGCUGACCGCACGCUCAAGCGGCUGCAGCUGCAGAUGGACAACCUGGAGUCGCGCGUGGCGCUGGAGUGCAAGGAAGCCUUCGCCGAGCUGCAGACGGACAUCCACGAGCUGACCAAUGACCUGGACGGCGCGGGCAUCCCGUUCCUCGACUAUCGGACAUACGCCAUGCGGGUGCUCUUCCCUGGGAUCGAGGACCACCCGGUGCUCAAGGAGAUGGAGGGCCGGCGGCCCCUGCGGCGUUCUGAGCAGGCCCGUGUCCCCCGCCAGGUGCAGGCCAAUGUGGAGAAGUCGCUGACGCUCUUCGGGCAGCUGCUGACCAAGAAGCACUUCCUGCUGACCUUCAUCCGCACGCUGGAGGGCCAGCGCAGCUUCUCCAUGCGCGACCGCGGCAACGUGGCCUCGCUCAUCAUGACGGCGCUGCAGGGCGAGAUGGAGUACGCCACGGGCGUGCUCAAGCAGCUGCUGUCCGACCUCAUCGAGAAGAACCUGGAGAGCAAGAACCACCCCAAGCUGCUGCUGCGCCGGACCGAGUCGGUGGCCGAGAAGAUGCUGACCAACUGGUUCACUUUCCUCCUGUACAAAUUCCUCAAGGAGUGCGCCGGGGAGCCGCUCUUCAUGCUGUACUGCGCCAUCAAGCAGCAGAUGGAGAAGGGCCCCAUCGACGCCAUCACGGGCGAGGCGCGCUACUCCCUCAGCGAGGACAAGCUCAUCCGGCAGCAGAUCGACUACAAGACGCUGACCCUGAACUGCGUGAACCCCGAGAACGAGAACGCCCCCGAGGUGCCCGUGAAGGGGCUGAACUGCGACACGGUGACGCAGGUCAAGGAGAAGCUGCUGGACGCGGUGUACAAGGGCGUCCCCUACUCGCAGCGGCCCAAGGCGGGGGACAUGGACCUGGAGUGGCGCCAGGGCCGCAUGGCCCGCAUCAUCCUGCAGGACGAGGAUGUCACCACCAAGAUAGACAACGACUGGAAGCGGCUGAACACGCUGGCGCAUUACCAGGUGACGGAUGGCUCAUCGGUGGCACUGGUGCCCAAGCAGACGUCUGCCUACAACAUCUCCAACUCCUCCACCUUCACCAAGUCCCUCAGCAGAUACGAGAGCAUGCUGCGCACGGCCAGCAGCCCGGACAGCCUGCGCUCCCGCACGCCCAUGAUCACACCCGACCUGGAGAGCGGCACCAAGCUCUGGCACCUGGUGAAGAACCACGACCACCUGGACCAGCGGGAGGGCGACCGCGGCAGCAAGAUGGUCUCGGAGAUCUACCUGACACGGCUGCUGGCCACCAAGGGCACGCUGCAGAAGUUCGUGGACGACCUGUUCGAGACCAUCUUCAGCACGGCGCACCGGGGCUCGGCCCUGCCGCUGGCCAUCAAGUACAUGUUUGAUUUCCUGGAUGAGCAGGCGGACCAGCACCAGAUCCACGACGCAGACGUGCGGCACACCUGGAAAAGCAACUGCCUGCCCCUGCGCUUCUGGGUGAACGUGAUCAAGAACCCCCAGUUCGUGUUCGACAUCCACAAGAGCAGCAUCACGGACGCCUGCCUGUCAGUGGUGGCACAGACCUUCAUGGACUCCUGCUCCACGUCCGAGCACAAGCUGGGCAAAGACUCGCCCUCCAACAAGCUGCUCUACGCCAAGGACAUCCCCAACUACAAGAGCUGGGUGGAGAGGUACUACGCCGACAUCACCAAGAUGCCUGCCAUCAGCGACCAGGACAUGAGCGCAUACCUGGCCGAGCAGUCGCGGCUGCACCUGAGCCAGUUUAACAGCAUGAGCGCCUUGCACGAGAUCUACUCCUACAUCACCAAGUACAAGGACGAGAUCCUGACGGCCCUGGAGAAGGACGAGCAGGCGCGGCGGCAGCGGCUCCGCAGCAAGCUGGAGCAGGUGGUGGACACCAUGGCCCUGAGCAGCUGAGCCAGCGGCGUGACUGCCCCGCAGAGACCAGCGAGGGCCCAGG